CGUGAUUGUUUCUUGAACCUCUUGGAAGAAAAUCGUAUCUGCUCGUUUCCCGGGUCGCCAGACCACGCAAAGAUGCAGGACCUCAAACGGAAAUCGGACAAGGCCGAACUCGACAACCAUCAUAAUGGCAAUGAUCCGAUGGUCGGGCUGGACGGGGCCGGUCGGAAAGCUUGGUUAUUGAACGAGAUGAGGUUGAUGCAGGAUCAUUAUAAGAAAGCAUGCGUUCGGCGAGCCAAGAUCAUGCAGUACCACGCUGAUAUUCUCGAAAGGAACCUACAUCAAGUCCGCCCGCGUGCUCCUACAUAUAUGAUCCUCGGCUACCAGAGCGCUUGCCGGGAAUGGGAUCGGUCGAGAAGGAACGUAGCUGCUUAUGCCAAUCGAGCAGCGGAAGUCUAUGUGGAACCGACAAGAGAAGCUUCUCCGCCUACCGUGGUGACAAACCCAGUCGAGAUGAAACCCGAGUCGCAGGGACCGGGGACGUCGGGACCCAUAGCUGUGGAUAAGGACAAGGAAGUCGCCUCUACCUCGGCCUCCCAGCCGGCAGCGAAGCAGAGUUCGAAUUCGAACCCGGAGCCGUCAGCUCUAAUAACAUCAGCCUCCAAACCCACACCCAAUCCCGGCGUCGGAUCCGAAUCUGCGAAUCCGACUGGUCUCCUCCCAUCUAUCGAGAUUCUCCCUUCCCAGAACAACUCGACGUUCGCUCAAAAUAACGGUAUGAACGCUCCUCCGAAUUCCUACUCUAACGGACAGAAUAUGGUUGCAAAUCAGGCAACGCAAUCGCAAUCGCAAGCUGCAUCUUCACAAAUGGGCUUCGGUAUGGGCAUGGACCUCGAUUCCUCUGAAGUGCCGGCCUUAGACGCUAGCGAGAUGGCCCUGUUCGACUUUAUCAAUAGCGUAGCGAAUUCUCCUACCGCUUAUGAUUCUGCACCGGCGAUUGCGACGGGCACAAUCAACGGAGGAGAGGCAGGUCCCGGUCAAAAUGGGCCGGGUGGUCAAUCGGGUCUGGGUUUGGGGAUAGGGCUCGGGUUGGGAUUGGGCGACGUUGGCAGUAUGGGUAUGCGAGAGCAGGCCGGAUCGGGAGCGGGAGGAGGACUGGAUUUCGGCUUGUUGGAAGCCGGGUUGCAGGAGGAGAUCGCCCGGACUUCAGGCCCGGCUGGUCAGGAUCAGGAUCAGAAUGGAGGGCAGGUGGGCGGGAAUCAGGAUCAAGGGGCCGCCGCUCCGAAUGUGGGGGCUGCGCCAUCUACCGAUGCACCUCCAUCAUCGGGUCAACCAACUCAACCACAGCCAAACAACGAUCAAACUCAGGUUCAGGCCCAACCUCAAGCUCAGAACGACGUCCAACCCAUUGGAGGCGAUGCGUUAUCCUUGGAAGCCGGCACGGGAUUGGCAGAACUCGAUCUGUUCAGCCAGUACCCGGACUUGUUCCCUAUGUACGGGGGCAACGACCUCGAUGACAACAACAACAACAGUAACACAUACAACAACCAUGGUAGUGGCAAUAAUGCCGAUGGGAAUAACGACAACAACGCCAACGGCCAGAACGGGGAGGGGGAGGGGGAUACGGGGAUCGAAGGGUUUGAUCCGACGCAAUUCGAUUAUUCGUCGUUGGGCGAGGAUUUCUUCAUGAACGGGAUGCAGGGGAUGGAAGGGAUGUAGCGGGAACGUGACAGUUCUACAUCGAGGAGGCUCGAGGAUUGGAAUGUAAGACGGCUGGUUUGUGGCGCAGGGUUCUUUCUCCGGUGUUAUAUGUUGGGGAUAAGGUUUGAAAUUGUACAGGAACACAAAGAGGUGGGGGUCUUCACUUGAUCUACUAUGACGAGGGUUUGUAAAAUAUUCUUGAUGACUAUACCAUGGUUCUUUUCCUUUGUC